CCAGGCGUAGACCCGUGGCCCUGGGUGUAAGUGCUGUGGUCCUCAGGGGUCGUGGCGGCCACGGUCUCCUGCUGGACGAUGCUACGCAGGCUGCAGGACUUUCUGCUGCCCUCUGAGACCUGCCAGGGUGAUUCUAACCGCCUGGCCUAUGAGGUCCUCUUUGAAGACCUGGACCGCAAUGGAGAUGGCGUGGUGGACAUCCAGGAGCUCAGGGAUGGGCUGAAACACUGGAACUCCUCGUUUAGCGAAGACACGGAGAAGGAGAUUUUUAAGGAUGCAGAUUCCAAUGCUGACUCAGGACUGGAUUUUGAAGAAUUUGUGCGGUACCUUCAAGACCAUGAGAAGAAAAUGAAACUGGCGUUCAAGAGUCUGGACAAAAAUGAUGAUGGUGUAAUAGAUGCUUCAGAAAUAGUUGCUGCCGUGAAAUCAUUGGGAAUCCACAUUUCUCUCUCUCAGGCCAAAGACAUCCUGAAAAGCAUGGAUUUUGACGGGUCGAUGACAGUAGACUGGGAUGAAUGGAGAGAUUUCUUUUUCUUCCAUCCUGCAAAAAAUAUCACUGACAUUGUUCGUUUCUGGAAACAUUCUACUAUAAUUGAUAUAGGAGAGAGUAUAAGUAUUCCGGAUGAAUUUACAGAACAAGAGAAGAUGUCUGGAGAAUGGUGGAAGCGGUUAGUAGCAGCAGGAAUAGCGAGUGCGAUCACACGGACAUGUACAGCACCUUUGGAGCGCUUGAAAGUCAUGAUGCAGGUUCAAAGUUCAAAAGUGAAUAAAAUGGGCUUGACUCAUGUGUUCAAGCAGAUGGUAAAGGAAGGAGGCUUUUUUUCUCUUUGGCGAGGAAAUGGUGUAAAUAUUUUUAAAAUUGCACCAGAGACAGCAAUCAAGAUCGGGGCCUAUGAACAGUACAAGAAACUUCUUAGUUUUGAUGGUGAUCAUUUAGGGGUUCUUCAAAGAUUCACCGCUGGUUGCAUGGCUGGCGCAACUUCCCAAACCUGUGUUUAUCCUAUGGAGGUGAUAAAGACCAGGCUGAAUUUAAGUAAAACUGGAGAGUAUUCUGGGAUUAUUGAUUGUGUCAGGAAACUUCUGAAGAGAGAGGGGAUUCAGGCCUUCAGCAAAGGUUAUGUUCCCAACCUGUUGAGCAUCAUACCGUAUGCAGGCUUAGAUCUCACCAUCUUCGAGCUUCUGAAGAAUUACUGGCUAGAACACUAUGCAGGAAACUCCGUGAAUCCUGGAAUAGCAAUUGUGCUGGGGUGUAGCACACUGUCACACACUUGUGGCCAGUUAGCCAGUUUUCCACUGACUCUUGUUAGAACUCGCAUGCAGGCUGUCAUGCUGGAAAAGGAAACAGUGCGCAUGAUGCAGCUCAUUCAGGAAAUAUACACUAAAGAAGGGAAGAAGGGAUUUUUCAGGGGCUUCACCCCUAAUGUCCUCAAGCUGCUUCCUGCAGUGGGCAUUGGCAGUGUGGCUCACGAACUAGUGAAAGGGCUUUUUGGAUUAACCUAGAAGUGGAAUACCAAACUGUCAUCAUUGCCAUCAUCACCAAGGUAUCAGAUCACACCUGGGCUAGACGGUGAUCUUAUUCUUCCUAAAAAGAAAAGGCAUCAAAUACUUGUACAAAAUUACUUUGUCUUUGUCUAUUGUAAGAUAUACAAAUUAAAUGGUAGUUUUGGUAAAAUU